AUUUGCUCCAGGUAUGCGAAUUUGCAACCAGUAGGCCUUGGCGCCUCUGGGGUCGUUUGCUCUGCGUAUGACUUGAUAGUGGAACAACCGGUUGCAAUCAAGAAGAUGAUGAAACCAUUCGACAGUGCUUCAAUUGCCAAACGAGCCUAUCGAGAAGUGAAGCUUUUGAAACAGCUGCGGCAUGAUAAUGUG